CCGUGCAGUGAUCAGAGGGGCUCCAGGGGAGGAGGAGGAAGGAGGAGGAGGUGUUUUCAUAGCGCUCCCAGCCUGUCUCUGCAAACAGAACCAUGUCGAACCGAAAGCAUCGGGACAACCAGGAGAUCUGCUCCAGAAAGGUCCGGGAGCUGGCCCAGUCUGGAGUAAACAAACACUGCUUCGAGUGCAACCAGCCCGGGGUGACAUACACCGACAUCACGGUGGGCAGCUUCGUCUGCACGUCGUGCUCCGGAAUGCUGAGAGGCCUCAACCCUCCUCACAGAGUCAAAUCCAUCUCCAUGACAACUUUCUCCCAACAGGAAGUGGAAUUCCUCCAGAACCAUGGCAAUGAGGUCGGUCGAAGAACCUGGCUGUGUGUGUUCGGCCCAAAGGCCGAUGGCUGCCCCGACUUGAAGGAUCCUCAGAAGUUUAAAGAGUUUCUUCAGGAUAAAUACGAAAAGAAAAAAUGGCAUUUCUCCAAAAGCAAGAACCGCAGAGACGUCGAGGGCCCCUGGAGUCCCGGCGUCCUACCAGUGCCCUCCUCCCACGGUCCAUUAUCCAACCAGGGCCCCUCCCAUAAUUUGCCGCCUAAUGCCAGAUCUACAAGGCCACUGUCCCAGCUGCCGUCAUGGGAUCGAGCUCCUGCCGUCUCGCCCGCUGACAUCCGGACCGACGCUUUCACAGCCAGACCUUCUCGCUCACAAAGUUUUCGAGACCCCCCCCUGAAAGAUUCCACGCUGUGCGGCAUAGAAAGGCAGCGGCCGGGCUCCCUGUCGUCAGCUCUGGGAGGUCAGAGCCACGGCCCCUCAUUCCCCGCCCUGCCACGACCCACAGCCAGUAGCUCAUUCAAAAACCACUUCACUUUAGGUCGUACGGUGUCGGUCUCAGGGGUCACUGGGCCCUUCAGAGCCUUCCCAAAGUCUCUAAGCGUGGAUUUUGGAGGUCUAAACCAUCCUCAGCAGCAGUCCCUCCCCCAGUCUUUGUCCCAGCCACAGCAGCAGCAGUCGGUCAGUGUCAGCCAGACACCGGCUGUCAACAGUUCCAGCAGCCAGGACAAGUACGCUGCCCUGUCGCAGCUGGACAGCGUGUUUACUGAAACAUCUCCAGCUGCAGCUCCACCUAGUGGCCCUCCUCAGUACAGCUCUCUCUUUGGCAGCAGGCUCUCGUCCAGCUCUACUCCUGCCAGCUCCCCGGGGGUCGAUGCCGUUUCCAGCUCCCAAAGUUUUGGAAAUUUCCCCAACCCAUUCAGCUCCGUCGCCGGGUCAGCUUCCCAACAGCCCGUUGCCCUCUCCCCCAGUAACCCCUUCAGCAGCGCCUCAGGAGGCGACUCUGGUGCGUUUGUCACUUCACCCACCUCCGUUUUCCCCUCGUCCGCUUCCUUCCCAGCUCCAACCACCCAGAAUGCAUUUCACCACGAGUCGGCCUCCAAUCAAGAAACUAACGGUUUCGCCUCAUUCCCAGAACCCGACUCUCUGCCUACGGUCCCCCGGCCCAUGUCUGUGAACCCCUUCACGGGGAAUGUUUACUCCAGUCGGGGGACGUCGAAAAAUCCUUUCAUCUGAUCAGCGUCCCCUCCUUCUCUUCUCCUCUUCUCUAAGAACCGAGGGAGGAGUGAACUUAAGGAGCUGCUGACAUUUGAAAGCCUCUGGAGUGAUUUCACCCCGUCAGGGAGGGCCCUUCCUCCAUCCCUCCCUCCUAUUUCUCUCUGUGUUUACGUGUUUGAGGGGGAAAGAAAAAGAACGGAAAACAGUGUGAAUGUAAUAACAAAACCUGUAUGCUUGUGCGAAUGUGGUUUUUUUUCCUGUGACGGUAGACGCCACCUCAGGGCUCUGUGGGAGUCACGAGUGAACAAUGCCUCUUUAAUUUUACCCACAAACUAUAUCACACCACACACAUGUUGCUGCUGCUGCUGCUAUUGUGCUUUCAUCUCCUGCUUAUAGGUGCAAAAAUAAAAAGAAACACACCUCCCUGGCGAAAACAGCCCACCGGUUAGGACGUCAUCUGCUUUAAAACCUCUCGAUCUCAGCUGGCGAGACAGGGACUUUGACUUGUCAUCGCUAGUCCCUGUAAAUCCUUUUUAACAGCCUUAACAACCUCCUGAUGCAUGGGAAUUAGCGUCUUAGGACCUGUGUGUGUGCGUGUGUGUGUGUAGAACAGGUUUGCAUUUCUCCUUUUUAUUUUGGGUCAAAAUUAUGGAUCAGAAAUGAUCACUGUUCUCCACUCUCAGGCUGCAUGCGCUUAUAGGGCUAAAAGGAGAUGCUACUGAAUGUAAAAGCAAAUUUCAGAGUAAGAAAAACAAACAUAAAACGAAACAAAGUAUGUAUAAAAUGUUCAAUGCUUCAUGUACUGGACCAAAAUGCUUUUUCUUUUUUUAAGUGAGAUAAAGGUUAUAUCAUUUUUUUCUGCCAAAAAGAACAGAAAAGCAGAGUUUCAUGUAUUAACGUCUUUGUAAUGACAUGUAUUCAUGUUCAUAAAAUCAACUUCUUAAUAUAGUGA